AUGGGAUCUCUAUGCAGCAAGCACGAUAGGGACGACAACGAGCUGGCGCCGCGCCCGGCGCGGGCCGUGAGUGCGGCGGAUGUGGCCGCUCAGACUACGGAGAUGUUGGAGAGGAGGGCUACGCAAAGGGUUUCUGAGACCGUCGCAGUGACGGUAUCCACGACUCCGAAGGUCGUUCGCAUUGAUCCUCCACCUAGUGUGGUUCCAGUUGAUGCUCCGCCCAAUGCGGCUCCUGCUGUGGCUCCCGAGUUGCCAUCGCAACCACAACCUACAGCUCGGGGAACCAUCAGGAUGUCACGUCUUCAAGCCGACGUCAUUUCAGAUGGACUCAUGGCAGGGUCAGUUGACUUCACCAACGUGUCCAACACUGUUGGCACUCGCCAGGUCAUAGUCGACGAGCCAACCAACGACGUUGGGACAACACGCCGGGCUACAACCCGAAGGAGUCAUGCCGAGGUUUCACGCUCGCCAACCUCGUCGCGGACCAGUCAUCCCAUGUUUGGACCGAGACCAGAGCCUUGGAAGUCGACAGAAACUAAGCAAGAGGGAACCGGUGGCAGUUCUGCGCCUGCACCUACACCUACGACUCCAGCAUCAACAUCGAAGACAGAAAGCCAAGCAAGACCGGAUUCCUUUUCACGGCCCUAUCAAGAGCUACCAUCAUCGCCGGUUGAGUCAUCUCCUUGGGAGAAGAAGCGAUACGUUUCUUCCUCACUAGGAUGGGAUGAAGCAGUAGGCAAUUUCCACUCAGGAAAUGCGCCGUCGAGAAAUGCAUCGUCAAGAAAUGUUCCAUCAGGAAAUACUCCAUCGAGGAAUCCUUCGUCGGUCAAUACUCCGCGUGUCAAGGCAAACAGCACUCGAUCCCGCCAACCCGUACUCUGGAGCAAUGUGCUUUCGGGUCAUGAGGAUACUGUCUUCUCGGUGGCCUUCUCUGCCGAUGGGAAUCAGCUCGUUUCGGGGUCUGAGGAUAAGAGUAUUCGCAUCUGGGACUUGUCAACAAAGAGUGUCCAGAAGACCAUUAAACUACACUUUGGUACUGUUCGAAGUGUUGCAGUAUCUGCAAAGGACAACACGUUGGCUUCGGGCUCGUUGGAUCAAACGAUUCGGUUGUGGGAGCUGGCUUCGCCCACUUCUCCCUCCAAGACGUUCCUGGCACAUGCGAAUGUCACGUCGGUGGCCAUCUCGAUAGAUGGUCGUUACCUAGCAUCGGGUGCGCAUGACAAUCUCGUCCGGGUGUGGGAUCUCGAGGGUGGUGACCUGAGUCUGGAGCUAUCAGGCCAUGACUCUUCAAUCGCAUCCGUGGCCCUAUCACCUGAUGGUCGAUACCUGGCCUCGGGGUCUCUUGACAUGACAAUACGUCUCUGGGAUCUGAAGGGAAACCUUGUCGAAACUCUCGACGACCACAUCGGCUGUGUUCACGCUGUAGCUUUCUCCCCUAAUAACUCACGCCUUGCAUCCGGCUCAUCCGACAAGACAGUCAUCCUCUGGGACACGAGACCUGGCAAACAGGUCAAGAAACAUCUCUGCCUGCGCGGGCACACAGACUUUGUGUGGUCUGUCGCCUUUACCCACGACGGUGAGCGUUUGGCAUCUGGGUCUGCGGACAAGACCAUCAUGAUAUGGCAUGUAGGGACUGGCCAGAAGAUACAUGUUCUUCGGGGCCACGAAGAUGCCGUCUUUUCUGUGGCUUUCUCACCGUCUGCGUAUCGCCUUGCGUCAGCUUCUAAAGAUAAGAAUGUGCGUGUAUGGGAGGCGGAGGAAGACUGA